CAGAUGCACAGCCUGACAUUUCUUCACACCUAAUCGCUCACUGAUAAGGUGUCUUCCUGUCAUUCAAACAGAAUCAGUACGUCUAAAGAGGAACCCAUUCUUACAGUAGUUGCUCGAUCCGUGCUUGCUUUGGCUUCUAAGGAGCCCUCGCCUUUGGACGUCCUGGAUAGCUUUCAUCCCACGUCUUGCUGAUAGUAAUCCGUUUCAUCCUUGUUUGUACCCUAUUGUCAGCCCGCUAAGUAUUGGUUUACUGCCCCGCAGUAUUUCAAUGGGAUCUUACCUUGGUGCACUUUUCUCAUGAUCAACCGCAUAAGAGUUCCAAGGAACCUCGUACGGUAUGCCCCCUUGACGUCGGGCUGGCAUAUCCACACCCUGCGGCAUGCCUCUCACAGUAUCACCACGUGGAAUUCUCUCCCCCUCGGUGGCUACUGGUCAUUCUCAGCCAUCAGAACAACAGCAUAGAGGUUUUAGAGAAUUUUGGAAAUGCUGGCGCCUUCCGAUAAAAGUGAUGAUCGCUUUGUUCUUCCCGAUCUUUCUUCAGACCCUGGAUUACACUGUCGUUGCCAGCGCCCAACCUCAUAUAGCUUCCGCAUUUAACAGUUUGGACAUGGAGUGCUGGGUCGGAGCAAGCUAUUUUGUCACCAGCACCGCUUUCCUCCUUGUGUUCGCCAAUCUCACAAAUAUUUUCGGGCGGUAUGCUACCAUUCAAUUGUCCCUAAUCGUCUUCGCGAUUGGAUCAGCCCUCUCAGCUGCAGCCCAAAGCAUGCCCAUGCUCUUAGCUGGUCGGGGAAUAUCAGGAGUCGGAACUGCUGCUCUCAUGACCGCUACACGCGUCGUUUUCGGGAAUACCAGGAAUAUUCGAGACAAUUCAAUACACGCAACCAUGAUAUCUAUGCUAUUUUCUGUUGGUUAUUCUACAGGUCCUGUCAUUGGUGGAGCCAUGUCCGCAAUCUCGUUCCGCUGGAUCUUUGCCAUCAACCUACCUAUUGUCACUGCGAGCUUGAUUCUUGUUUUCCUCCUCCUUUGGGAUGAGCUUCCUGGGCCCCAGCACGAUCCUCGUGAUGACCUUCCUGGACGUGCCAGACCAAAUAGGCAUAAGCUUCUUGUUCGACUCUCUAAAGUUGAUUGGAUAGGCUCAUUCACUUUUGUUUCUGCCAACGUCCUCAUUCUACUUGGGCUGAAUUCGGGAUCUUCGCGCGGAUGGGACCAAGGUGGGGUCAUCGCAACUCUCGUAGUUGGAGGCAUCCUGCUUUUGGUAUUUUUCUCCUGGGGGUUCUACCUUGGGCGAUACGAAAUCACCCCCAACGCGGAUGGGACAAUGAGGCCGUACUCAGCUUCCUCGAUUACGGGUGGAGAAGAUGUUUUACCGAGGAAACCUCCACGUCUCAUCGCCCACACGGUCCGCAUGUUACCUCUUUACAUUUUCAAGACCUACAAUGUAGCUGCCGUUUGUACUGCUUCCAUUGCUAUUGGCAUGCUUCUGUGCAGCUGCUUCUACUUUAUGACCAUUUAUUUCAACAUCGCGGCUGGUUACUCCAGUACAAAGUCCGGAGCGCAACUUCUAUACUUCCAACCCGGCCUUGGUGUCGGAUUCUACCUCUCCAUGGUACUUGUCCAUCGCUUCAAGCAGCCCAAGUACGUUCUUUCAUUCGGGCAGCUCCUUCAGCCCAUUGGUGUUGGGCUCUUGGGGAUGGCGUUAGGCAACGAGAAUAUGGCGGGGAUUAUCAGUUCCCUAUCAAUUUGUGGCGUCAGUGUGGGCAUGACGUUCGGAACUGCCGAGAUGGUUGCACGUUUUGCGCUUGGGGAUGAACAUAUGGUUGUUGUAGUGACCCUGAACAUCUUCUUCCUAAUGCUGGGAGGCACAGUUGGUCUUGCUCAACAAUACGCGGUACUCGAGUCGAAAGCUCGAUCCUACAUUGACUACCUCAAAACUACGCACCAAAUCUCCUUGUCCGAUGCCGCUACUAUCGCCAGUCGGGAACAAGGCAACGGGAUCAACCAACUCCCUUCUCAUCUCAAGUCGUUCGUCCAAGAUGCGUAUCGAUAUGGGAGUAAAUGGGCGGUUUACUCGAUCGUACCAUGGCUUGUCAUCGGAACACUGCUAUGCCUGUUUAUGGAUGGCAUCAAGGUUUCGGACUUGACGGGCGAUGUCGUAAUCGACGAACGUGAGGCAGGAUCACAUUCACAGCACUAGCACUGGCGAUAGAAUCAACCUGGAGCCAAUAAUUGCGAGAGGGUGGGGACAAGGUUGGUGGAGAUGAUGCGUGAACAAGGCUUAGAUAGGCCCUUUCAGGGCUGACGACCGUUUGUUAGUCUGGCAUAUCAUCCGGCUCGUGAUGACAAAAAGCGCAGAACGACACCCGGAGCAUGGGGGCAAUUCCAGAAUGGCAUCGCUAUAUCACUGGACAGCAUUCUGAUCCCAGGCCUCAAUAUCCAUGUGUCGAUGUCCUGUACAUGUUUGUUGUCAAACUUUGAUAACCCUGCUCAUAUGCGAUUGACCACGCG